AUGGUGUCCUGUUUCCAUGGCGACGGAGCGUGCUCAGUGCGUUGUCGGGCGCAGACACAGAGACAGGCUGUUGUUCUGCUUAAUGAGCUCCGUGAGAGAGACCUCUGUCUGCUCCGUGACCAAGGAAAGUGUGUGAGGAGAGACGUGUGCGACUGUUGCAGAGAUGUGUGCGACUGCCGCAGAGACGUGUGCGACUGUUACAGAGACAUGUGCGACUGCUGCAGAGACGUGUGCGACUGCCGCAGAGACGUGUGCGACUGCUGCAGAGACGUGUGCGACUGCCGCAGAGACGUGUGCGACUGUUACAGAGACAUGUGCGACCGCUGCAGAGACGUGUGCGACUGCCGCAGAGACGUGUGCAACUGCUGCAGAGACGUGUGCGACUGUUGCAGAGACGUGUGCAACUGCCGCAGAGACGUGUGCGACCGCUGCAGAGACGUGUGCGACUGCUGCAGAGACGUGUGCGACUGUUGCAGAGACGUGUGCGACUGCCGCAGAGACGUGUGCGACUGCCGCAGAGAGGUGUGCGACUGUUGCAGAGACGUGUGCGACUGCCGCAGAGACGUGUGCGACUGUUACAGAGACGUGUGCGACUGCCGCAGAGACGUGUGCGACUGUUGCAGAGACGUGUGCGACUGUUACAGAGACGUGUGCGACUGUUGCAAAGACGUGUGCGACUGUUGCAGAGACAUGUGCGACUGUUGCAGAGACGUGUGCGACUGCUGCAGAGACGUGUGCGACUGUUGCAGAGACGUGUGCAACUGCCGCAGAGACGUGUGCGACUGUUGCAGAGACGUGUGCGACUGCUGCAGAGACGUGUGCGACUGCUGCAGAGACGUGUGCGACUGCUGCAGAGACGUGUGCGACUGUUACAGAGACGUGUGCGACUGUUGCAGAGACGUGUGCGACUGCUGCAGAGACGUGUGCGACUGUUGCAGAGACGUGUGCGACUGUUGCAGAGACGUGUGCAACUGCCGCAGAGACGUGUGCAACUGUUGCAGAGACGUGUGCAACUGUUACAGAGACGUGUGCGACUGUUGCAGAGACGUGUGCGACUGUUGCAGAGACGUGUGCGACUGUUGCAGAGACAUGUGCGACUGCUGCAGAGACGUGUGCGACUGCUGCAGAGACGUGUGCGACUGUUACAGAGACGUGUGCGACUGCUGCAGAGACGUGUGCGACUGUUACAGAGACAUAGACGUGUGCGACUGCUGCAGAGACGUGUGCGACUGUUACAGAGACAUGUGCGACUGCCGCAGAGACGUGUGCGACUGUUGCAGAGACGUGUGCGACUGUUGCAAAGACGUGUGCGACUGCCGCAGAGACGUGUGCGACUGCUGCAGAGACGUGUGUGACUGCCGCAGAGACGUGUGCGACUGUUGCAGAGACGUGUGCAACUGCCGCAGAGACGUGUGCGACUGUUGCAGAGACGUGUGCGACUGCCGCAGAGACGUGUGCGACUGUUGCAGAGACGUGUGCGACUGUUGCAGAGACGUGUGCGACUGCCGUAGAGACGUGUGCGACUGUUGCAGAGACAGAGACGUGUGCGACUGUUGCAGAGACGUGUGCGACUGUUGCAGAGACAGAGACGUGUGCGACUGCUGCAGAGACGUGUGCGACUGCUGCAGAGACGUGUGCGACUGUUGCAGAGACGUGUGCAACUGCCGCAGAGACGUGUGCGACUGUUGCAGAGACGUGUGCGACUGCCGCAGAGACGUGUGCGACUGUUGCAGAGACGUGUGCGACUGUUGCAGAGACGUGUGCGACUGCCGUAGAGACGUGUGCGACUGCUGCAGAGACAGAGACGUGUGCGACUGUUGCAGAGACAGAGACGUGUGCGACUGCUGCAGAGACGUGUGCGACUGCUGCAGAGACGUGUGCGACUGUUGCAGAGACGUGUGCGACUGCCGCAGAGACGUGUGCGACUGCUGCAGAGACGUGUGCGACUGCUGCAGAGACGUGUGCGACUGCUGCAGAGACGUGUGCGACUGCUGCAGAGAAGUGUGCGACUGCUGCAGAGACGUGUGCGACUGUUGCAGAGAAGUGUGCGACUGCUGCAGAGACGUGUGCGACUGCUGCAGCGACGUGUGCGACUGCUGCAGAGACGUGUUCGACUGCCGCAGAGACGUGUGCGACUGUUGCAGAGAAGUGUGCGUCACAGUGGGCGCAGCAGGAAGACCUAAUGUGACGCACAACAUCACAAUUAUUAUUUAA